AAGCAGAAGGAAGGCGGGAGUCCCAAUUGGAAACAUUAAAGGAAACCUGAACAGCGGUGUCCGCUAUGGCGAAUGGUGCGUGGGCUGAGAUUCGUGAGAAAUUCCAGGCCGCGCUGGCCCUGUCGCGGGUAGAAUUGCAUAAAAACCCCGAGAAGGAACCUUACAAAUCCAAAUACAGCUCCCGAGUUUUGCUGGAAGAGGUCAAAGCACUGCUGGGCCCCGCGCCGGAGGACGAGGAUGAGCUGCCUCAGGCCGAGGAGGGCUUGGGCGCGGAGGCCCACGCCCUGGGGCUGCCGGCGGAGGUGGUGGAGGUCGAGGGGCCCUUCGCCCUGCGGGCAGUGAGGCUGGCGGUCAUUGAGUUUCAUCUCGGGACGAACCUCAUCGACACGGAGGAGCUGUCGGCGGGUGAGGAGCAUCUGGCGAAAUGCCUGAGGCUGCUGCGCAAGUACCGGUUGUCGCAAGACUGCGUCUCUCUGUACAUCCAGGCGCAGAAUAAUCUGGGUAUCUUGUGGUCUGAAAGAGAAGAAAUUGAAACAGCACAAGCUUACCUGGAAUCAUCAGAAGCACUAUAUAAUCAGUAUAUGAAAGAGAUUGGGAUUCCUCCACUUGAUCCUACUGAGCAUUUUCUCCCUGAAGAAGAGAAACUUACUGAACAAGAGAGAUCAAAAAGAUUUGAGAAGGUUUAUACUCAUAACCUGUAUUACCUGGCUCAAGUCUACCAGCACAUGGAAAUGUUUGAGAAGGCUGCACAUUACUGCCACAGUACUCUAAAACGCCAGCUGGAGCACAAUGCCUACCAUCCUAUAGAGUGGGCUAUCAAUGCUGCUACCUUGUCACAAUUUUACAUCAAUAAGCUGUGUUUCAUGGAGGCCAGGCACUGUUUAUCAGCUGCUAAUGUCAUUUUCGGUCAAACCGGAAAGAACCCAGCCACAGAAGACACUACUGAAACUGAAGGAGAUGUGCCAGAGCUUUAUCAUCAAAGAAAAGGGGAAAUAGCAAGAUGCUGGAUCAAAUACUGUUUGACUCUCAUGCAGAAUGCUCAACUUUCAAUGCAGGACAACAUAGGAGAGCUUGAUCUUGAUAAACAAUCUGAACUUAGAGCUUUAAGGAAAAAAGAACUAGAUGAAGAAGAAAGUGUUAGGAAAAAAGCUGUGCAGUUUGGAACCGGUGAACUCUGCGAUGCCAUCUCUGCAGUAGAAGAGAAAGUGAGCUAUUUGAGACCUUUGGAUUUUGAAGAAGCCAGAGAACUUUUCUUAUUGGGUCAACACUAUGUCUCUGAGGCAAAAGAGUUCUUUCAGAUUGAUGGUUACGUCACUGACCAUAUUGAAGUUGUCCAAGACCACAGUGCUUUGUUUAAGGUGCUUGCCUUCUUUGAAACUGACAUGGAGAGACGGUGCAAGAUGCAUAAACGUAGGAUAGCCAUGCUAGAGCCCCUGAUUGUGGACCUGAAUCCACAGUAUUACCUGUUGGUCAACAGACAGAUUCAGUUUGAAAUUGCACAUGCUUACUAUGAUAUGAUGGAUUUGAAGGUUGCCAUUGCCGACAAGCUGAGGGAUCCUGAUUCACACAUCAUAAAAAAAAUAAAUAAUCUUAAUAAAUCAGCAUUGAAGUACUACCAGCUCUUCCUAGACUCCCUGAGAGACCCAAAUAAAGUAUUUCCUGAGCAUAUAGGGGAAGAUGUUCUUCGCCCCGCCAUGUUAGCUAAGUUUCGAGUUGCCCGUCUUUAUGGUAGAAUCAUCACUUCAGAUCCCAAGAAAGAGCUAGAAAAUCUGGCAACAUCUUUGGAACAUUAUAAGUUUAUUGUUGAUUACUGUGAAAAGCACCCUGAGGCUGCCCAGGAAAUAGAAGUCGAGCUAGAACUUAGUAAAGAGAUGGUGAGUCUUCUUCCAACAAAAAUGGAGAGAUUCAGAACCAAGAUGGCCCUGACUUAACAAUCCUCAUUUUUUAUGAAAGAACAUGUGCAAUAUUGAAGAGAAUUUUUCCCCUCAGUCAAACGGGCUAAUUCUAUUGUGGUACUUAAUUUUAUAGCCAGAUGAGUACAGUUUGAACUUGAGCUACAGUCAGACCAAUUGAGGCUUUACUAGGACCUUAAUCAACAUAAAGAUAGUAAGUUAAUACCUAAUUAUGUAAAUUGCCUUGUUAAAGUGACAUGUGAUUGAUAUUUAAGAUUGCUUGUUUCCUAUUUAAAUAAACCUUCCCUGACUCAUUUUCUAAAGAUAGGUUCCUUGUUGUCUAGUAACCGAUGGAUUCUUUAAGAGGAAAAUUGCUGAGUAACAUACCUGGUAGACAAGCCUGUUGUUAUAUAAAAACUGAAAAAGUAACUUCCUGUAGUUAUUCUUUCUCAAAUAUUUACUUUCCUAAGUUCCCAAAGAAAUCUUUUCUUCUUGAAAAUAUUAAAAAACUAAGUUAUGUUGUAAAGUACUGUAAAGUAGUUUGUCUCAUUUAUAGGAGGAAAAGGGCCUUGUUGGAAAUAUAAUAAAUUUACUUGUUUCACUAAUAAAAGCUUGCAUUUACUCUUG